AUGCGUGUGUGCGUCCAAUUCCUGCCACGCUGCGACCGCGUGGCGGUGCUGCGGGACGGCCGCCUCAUUGCAUGUGGCACCUGGCGCUCGAUCGUGGCGCGCGACCUGCCAGAGCUACGCGUUGAGGACGCCAGCAUCAGCAGCGGCGACGACGACGGCGAUGACGACGGGGCGGCCGCCGAUGACGACCAGGGCCGCCCGCCCCGCGGGCCGCCGUCGCCGGCGGCGUCUUCAGCCGCCCCUGCACGGCUGCCGUACGCGCAGGCGUCGGUGGGGUCGGGCGGGGCCGCGCCGCGGCGGAUCGCGCGCAGCCCGACGAUCCACGCCACGCUGUCGCGCGCGAUCACGGUCGAGCAGCUCUUCGCGUCGCCGGGCAUCGAGACGAUGAUGUCGGUGUAUGAGUCAACCUUGGACAGCUCGCUGCCCAGCGGGCCGGCGCUGAUCGAGGAGGGGGACGAGGGCGAGGAGGGCGGGCACGCGCGCGGCGCGGCGGGUGCGCAGGAAAUCGCAGGAAACGCGGGGAUCGCUCCGGCGGACGGCAGCCUGCCGAGCGUGCUGGAGAAUGCACGCGGCGCGGUCUUCGAGGAUGAGCAUGACGGGGACGAGGACGAGGAUGAGGAGGGGGACGACGACGAUGGCGAUGAUCUGGACGAGACCGACGACGGCACCACAAGCAGCGCGGGCCCCGAGUCGCCCCGCCGCGGGCCCGGCAGCCUCUUCGCGCUCGGCGGGAGCUCGGCGCGGCUGUCGCUCGCGCGGGGCGCGCGCCGGAGCUUUGCCGGGCUCCUGCGGCUGGGGUCGCGGGCUUCGGGCGGCCUGGAGCGGCCGGGCAGUGCGCUGCUGCGGCCCGGCAGCAUGCGCCUGCGGCAGGGCAGCACGCUCCUGCGGCCAGGAAGCGUGCUGGACCCACCGCGCGGCGGCCCGGAACGGCCGGGCAGCAGCCUCGCCGCCGCCGCCGCCGCGGGCCCCAGCAUGGGCCGGGCGCACAGCGGACUCAUGCGCCAGGGCGGAGGGCUCUCAGGCCUCCCUGGCGCGCUCGGCGGCCCGCGGCACAGCGUGCGCUUUGAGGACGUGCCGGAAGGGGUCGAGUCGGAGGCGGCCCCAGGCCAGCGCCCUCACCACCACCAGGGGCCAGACCACCACGUCCGAUUCAACGACGUGCUGCCGACGAUUAUCAGCCGGGACGAGGACUUCGACGACGACGAGGGCGGCGGCGGCGGCGGCGGCGCCGUCUUGCCGGCCGAGGGGGGCAGCGUCGUCAGCGACCGCGUGGGGCCGGCCGGCGGCGGCGGGCUGGAGGCGGCCAUCCCCGAAGAAGGCAGUGAAGAACCCGGCGGCGGCGGCGGCGGCGAUGACGCGUCCCCGAGGUUCAUUGCCUCGGAUGGCACGCUGCUCAGCCCGUUCGGGGCGCCGCUUGCGGGACCGGCUGCCUCCGGUGACGGCGCGCCGACGCAGGGCGCGGGCGGGUCUGGCAGGCUCGAGUCGGGGCCGAGCGUCGCUUUUAAUGAGUCAGCGUUUGCCAGCCCCUUCAGCUAUGCGACCGAGCCCUUUUCCGUGAUCGAGCCUCUGACCAGCAUCGGACCACGCGCCAGCUCGAGCCUGGGCGCGCAGAGGGCGCCGAGCGGCGCCGGCCUGCGCGGCCAGGGCACCUUUGCGCGCAUGGUCAGCCGGGGCUUCAGCGACUUCGUCUCAAAAAGCUUUGCAUACCGGCCCCAGUCGCAGCCGGUCAUGUGGCUGGGGCCAGGCGGCGACUCCAUGAGCCUGAGUGUCGCCGGAUCGGUCCUGCCCCAGGACAUGUCUGCCCCCCUCGAGGGCCGACCCCGCCGCGGCCGCGGCGCGUCACGCGGCCGCGGCGGGCGCGGGGCGGCACGUGGGGGCCGCGGCACGGGGCGCGGGGGGCGUGGCAGGGGGCUCGGCGGGCCCUUGCUGGACGGCCUGUUUCACCCGGGUCGCGGCGGCAGCCGGCUGGGGCCGGGCCGGGUGGCGGCCCAGCGGUCGGAGGGGUCUGGCGUCGCCGCGCGCCGCGGCAGCGGGACCAGGCGGGCUGCGCCGGGCCACGCGCCGCUGGCGAGGUCGUCCCUGGGGACAGCCAUGUCGAUGCCGGUGGCGGCGCGCGCGGGGGCCGGGCGGCAGAAGCAGGCGGAGGCGUCAAACUGGAUUGCCAAACCGCAGCUGGCCCUUGCCAACGUGCGCCAGGAGGAGGACGCCGCCAGCGGCGGCGUGGCUUGGCGCGUCUACGGCGCGCUCGCACGCCACUCGCAGCCCAUCAUGCUGGGGGUGGCGCUGUUUUCGCUCGUCAUCAGCCCUCUGGUGGCGCUGACCUCAAACCUGCUGCUGGCCCAGUGGGUGGCCAACGCGCCUGCGCGCCCGGUGAUUGACCUGGCCUUCGGCCUGGCCAUCCCUGUCACGUGGCAGUACCACUGGGUCGUCCGCUACGCCGGCCUCGUCGUCGCCACCGUCGCGACCUGCCUCCUCGGCUUCCUGCUCGCCUUCGCCGCCCUCACCCGCGGCGCGGGCCGCACGCACGGCGCGGCGCUGCGCGGCGUGCUGCACGCGCCCCUGUCGUUCUUCGCGAGCAACGCACCGGGAUCCAUCCUCAACCGCUUUUCGGGGGACCAGCGGGCGGUUGACGAUGACCUGCCAGAGACCCUAGUCGAUCUGUGGGCCGGCCUCAUGACCCAGCUGUCAAACUUUGUGCUCGCGAUGGUGGCGUUCCCGCCCAUCGCCGCGGCGAUCCUGCCGGCCCUCGCGGCGCUGUGGUGGCUGCGGACGCUGUACGUCAACGCGAGCGCGCAGGCGCAGCGGCUGGAGGCGGCGGCGCGGUCGCCGGUGCUGGCGCGCAUGCGUGCGAUGGUCGAGGGCCUGGUGACUAUCCGCGCGUUCGGCGCCCCCAUGCGCGCCCGCAUCCAGGACGGGAUCCUGGACGCCUUCUGCCACGCCCUCGAGUGGUCACUGGCGACGCGCGGCCUGCAGCGGUGGCUGGGAGUGCGGCUGGAGAGCCUGGUGCUGAUGGUGACGGCGGUGAUGUCAUUCGCGGCGAUGGGGCUCAUCACGCGGGUCGCUCCCACCGUACUGGGCUUGGCGCUGACCAAGCUGAGCAGCACUAUGGGUGCGCUGAGCUGGGUGGUGCGCCAGAGCGCCGAGCUGGAGAACUCCAUGACCAGCGUGGAGCGCAUGCUGCAGUACGCAGAGACGAUCUCAGAGGAGCAGGAGCUGAAGGGCGGCGGCGGCAAGGGCGGCAGCAGCAAGGGCGGCGCGGCACGGGGCCCGCGCGGCCGCUGGCUUGCAUGCUGCGGGAGCGGCGGCGGCGGAGAGGAGGGCGGGGACGCGGGGGCGGCGGCGGCCGGGGCCCCAUCGCCGCCGCCGCCGGGGUGGCCGCGCGGCGGCGGCGUGGAGUUUCAGGGCGUGUGGGCUCGGUACAGGCCAGACCUGCGGCCGGUGCUGGCGGGGGUCGACUUCAGGGUGGAGCCGGGGCAGAUGCUGGGCGUGGUGCGUGGCGCGCGGCGGCUGGGGGCGGGGCGCGGGGGGGCGCCGCGCGGGCAACCUUGCUGGCUGCAAUGCACGGCACUCACAUGA